ACCCCCUCUGAACAAAUCUUGCCAAGAAGACCCCAGGAUAGGUUCGCCAUCAGUUGGAAAUGACUCGAGGUUUUAAGGUUGCAUGAGUUGAAAAUGACUCAAAGCCCCACAACAACAAGAUAGCCAUCAAUGCAAAGAAAUAGUAGAGAAUAACAAAAGAAGAAGAAAAGGAAGAGCAAUAAGAUAAAGGAAAUAAAAGGGAAGUUCAACCCCAAAAUUGGAAGGUUAUGUGACAGAACCAGAAACAUACUGCAAGACCAAGAAGCAAUUUAAAAAUGCUGGAUGCAAUAUAAGAAAAGUUCCUCUCCAAACCCAGGUGUAUUCCAACGGUUAACAGGGGGUUUUUGUACCUGCAUCCCUGCUUUUUUAAUUUAGAUAAUGUACUGUGAAAUUGCUAAAUAUUAUUCCAUGGAUCUUAAGGAUCACUUAAGAGAGUGAUCUUAAAACUGCUGGAGAGUGCCAGGUUGGUGCAGUGUUUUGAGCUUUGGACUUUGGGAGACCAAGGUUCGAAUUCCUCACAUUCUCUUAUCCUCAGAGAAUGACCUUAGCAAACAUCCCCCUCCGAACGCAGCUUGCCAAGAAAACCCAGUCUUUUCAGCAAUAAUGUGGAGUACAGAUUCCACCGAAACGUUAGGAAGAACCUCCUGAUGGAUCAUCACCAUGAGGAAGACCUGGGUCACCUGGACCUGGAUCUUCAUGCUCCUGGUGGCCCUUUUCAGUGAAGCCGCCUUUGGCCGCAGAGGCGGAGGUCGAGGGGGCGGCAGCAGCAAAGGACGAGGGUCCGGGACUUCUUCUUCAUCAGCUUCCCGUGGUGGUUUCCAUGCCCUGCCAAGGAAGAGCACCAGCAGUGGCCAAAGCCAACCGGGCGGCUCCGGCAGCAGCAGCGGUCGCGGGGCAAAGAUGGCAGGGGCAGCUGCAGUUGGGGCUGCGGUGGGCUAUGGCCUCAGCUCCCUUGGCAGACCCCGCUAUUCCCGGGGAGGAGGGUAUGGCUCCUCGUCGGCCAGCAAACCAGUGGCCCAGCCUGGCUUCCAGAACCCCAACUGGUCCGACCCCAUGAUGGAAAGCGAGGUCUACAGCCAAGCGUCCAAGGAGCCCUGUGGGGUGACCCUCCUCACCUUCUCCCCUGUGAUCUGUGGGGUCACCUACCUGCUUGCCCAGGGCUGAGUCUGAUGAAAGACUCAAGAUGAAGGAGAAGACGGCAGAGAGGAGUCGCCGAUCGUUCUUUGCUUUGCUUUUGCUGUGAAGGCUGAUGCUUGCCAGGGAUGAUGGGAAACUCCAUUGAGAGGGACCCACCAAAAGCCACGACCUUUCCAAGGAGUUUAUCACACAAAGGAGAUUGGGAGUUUAUCCCAUGAAUAUCCUGGGAAAAUUCACACGAAACGAUUUCGCACAGUGUCACACAAAACCCACCAUUAAAGUGGUCACAAUUAACGCGUAUCUUUCUACUUUCAGGAUUUCAGUGACAAUGCAUUUCCAAUAUCACUUUAUUUGCGCAAUUGCAUGUGAUAAUCAUUCACACAAUUCCUCACCAUUUUUGCUUUAUUUGCAGGAUGCUUUGAAUGCACUUUAAUCUCUCUUUAAUGCCAAAAUCUGUAAGGGAGCCAGAUGGGGUUUCUCAAGAUCAGGAAGCGCAUGGCUUGAAAAUGGGUGUGCAAAUCUCGGUGUAUUUCAUGUUUGCAUGAAGCACUUAAAAAAAAGUUUUAUACCCAUUGAGUGAAAUUAUGAAAUCUGCAAAGUUUUUGGACACAUUUGGAGACUUAGGUUUACAAGAACAGAUACAAUUGGAAUUAUUUAUGAAAUGCAUAAACUGCCUUUGGGGAUAAAUCCUCCCUGAGGACCACUAAGAAACUGGGCGAGACGCUGGCCUUUUGGAAGCUGAUUUGCAAUAUUUGCUCUCUUGCAAGGUAGAGGAGGAAGCUUCAUAAGUAUUGGUAUUCCUUUAAUACUUUUUGUUUGCUGUUUUAAAGGCUGGAAAUGAUUGAGCAACGAAGCAAUAAUGAAAAAGGCUCCUUCUGCUUCUGCAUCUGCAAUAAAUAUGUAAGGAAGCAAGCUUUCUCUUGAUUGACUCUUGGCCUCUUCUCUUGCUCCUCUUUUCAAAAGUGGUAAUAGCUCAGUAAUCAGUCAGUCCAAUCAAUCAAUCAUUGCCUUUCUCCCAAUAUGGAACAAGGUGGAUCACAAUAUAAGUUUGUUUGUUUUAAAAUCUACAGGUGUCAGGGAAACCGUGCAGCCCUCUCGAUGAUUUUGGAUUGCAUCUUCCAACAUUCCCCAUUUAUGGCUAUGACAGGUAGGGCUGAUGGGAGUUGCAGUCCAAUAACACUAGCUGGAAGGAUGCUUGA